AGAGAUCUAGCACCGAUGGCUAGUCUGACGGACGUGCAAGAGCGGCGAUUAAGGCCUAUUUAUGACGCCCUCGAUUCAUAUUCUUACAAGCAGGCGAUACAGUUAUGUAAUAAAGGUUUGAAGAAGCAAGGGGACGCACUGAUCUUGAAGGCUCUGAAAGCCGUAGCGCUAGAUCGUAUGGGCCGGGAGGAUGAGGCUUUCGAGCUAUGCGACGAGGUUAAAAAUGCCAAGCCUGUGGAUGAAGGGAUCUUGCAAGCGAUCAUGAUGGUAUAUCGGGCGCACCAGAAGCAUGCGGAUAUUAUCGCCGUUUACGAAAGUGCGUACAUGCAGGCGCCAAAGAACGAGGAGCUUGCAAACCAUUGGUUCAUGGCGCUGACCCGGGCGGAUGAUCGUAAGAGUAUGCAGCAGGGAGCAAUGAAGCUGCAAAAGCAGUUCAAGGACAAUCGUUACCUUUUUUGGACGAUUAUGACCGUGUGGCUUCAGGCCAAACUCGACAACGCUGGAGGUCAGUCUAUACUGGCAACACUUGCCGAAAGGAUGAUCGUCAAAGCCGCCCAGGAGGGCCGACUGAAAGAGUAUGAAGCUUUGCAACUCUACUUGGACAUCCUUGUAACUCAAGGCAAAUUCCAGGAGGCAUUGGACGUGGUGAAGGGAGAGUUGGGAGGAUUGUGUAAGGUGGAGACGGAGCGGAAACGCAUCAUUGUCGAUCUGUCAAAGUCAGCAGGACGAUGGGAAGAUGUCCUCAGCAUCAGUAAAGAGUUACUUGUGGCUAGUCCAGAUGACUGGCUGAGCUAUACGAACUACCUUGAGGCAAUCUUCAAGGUGAAGUUGGAUACGCAGAACUUGUCCUCAAGAGAUGAUCUUAUAUUGCAGUUCCAAAGAUUUAUUGAAGAGCAGCAGACAAAGGUGUUGGGCGAUAAACAUGUAAAGCGCGGUCCGUUCUUGGCGGCACUGGAAUUAGGUAGACAACUCAACUCUGAGCAAGGAGUAACCGUUGGUUACAAAACAAUGGUUGAACUGAUUGCCAACUAUUUUGAACAAUUUGGCAGUUCAAUCUCGUGCUUUGACGACCUAUGCGCUUAUUUGAAACGAUUGACUGAGACCGACGCCGCGGCCUUACUGAAUAGGAUUUCCGCGAAGCCGAGCCCUACUAAGCCGUCGGUCGCUGACGUUAGGAGGAGCAUGAAUGUUGAGAAAAUCCGGUCUUACUGCAUGCCUCUGCCAUCUGAAGAAAAGAUGCACGCCACAGUUUCCACCUACGUUAAAGCAUAUAAGGACACAAUUUCGCUAGGAGAGCAAUUUGAUGAGCGAGAACUUCAGCCUGGCGAUGACUACCUGUUACUUGCCGUCCAUAUAUUGAUUCAACUGUAUUCGCGGGAUCGCGACCGAAAGAAUUAUCUCGCUGAGGCGGUUGCUGUACUUGAGUACGGAUUGCAGCGCAGUAAAUUCAAUUUCCAGAUCAAGCUGUUACUUAUUCGAUUAUAUUUCGAGUUAGGCGUCUUUCAGAGGAUGCUCGAUCUAGCAGCGUCCCUGGAUGUCAAACAAAUUCAGCAUGACACUCUCAGUUUCCUCUUCACAGACGAUUUGGAGCUCUUGGGUUGUCCUGAACUAGCAUUGAGAUCCUUCAUCAAAGCAAUGACCAUAUACGCUUCAAAUGAGCGUGAGACCCCCGAAAUGAUUGUCCAGGCGUUCAAAUACGGGACUUUCUCCAAGAUACCAGAGUUUAUCCGCUUCCGGGAUCGAGUGAGACGUUCGCUCCAGCACUCCAUUUUCAAACGCCAGCUCUACAGAGUGGAAAUCUUGCGAAGGUUCCCAGAUAUAGAAAAUUUGACGUCGUACCUGCAAAUAUUGGACGAGGAUGCCCUGCAAUACUCAGAUAAUUACAUCGAGACCUUAUCUGAUAAUCGCGAUACUAGCCUGAUGCCGAAUUGGCUUCCAUCUACGCAACCGAUCGGUAGCAUAAUACGAGGAAGCAAGUUUCCUCGGAAACGAGGCGAAUGGCUAAAGUUGCACGCAAUCAUACCAUUGGUUCUGAAAGCGAUGUGUACAAUGAAUUCCUCGGGGUGGGAGCUACAGCACGCGGCUUUGAAGGAAGUCGUAGACCAAUGCCGUACAGCAGAUCUGGACAGCGAAGAGCUCGCGCCAGUGGAGGUGCUCAUUAAGCUGUCUGGCGUUGCCCUACAGAUCCGCGCUGCCGAGGAUAUCGCGCGAAGAGAAACGGUGGACCUUUCUCCGAUAGAUAGCGUUUUAUCAGACUUGAGAGCGUUGUUGUCCAAAGUGACCGACGACAAAUGGCAAUUGUCAUAUGAAAAGCUUCGGAGAUACACUCUCUUGUUAGAGGGCUGCAGUUAUGCAGGCAUUGCAUUGGCAUCGUUCGUACCCUCGCUUGGCUCAGCUGGCAAAAAAAGCAAAGCUGGAAAGCCUAUCACCUCCCCCAAACUAGCUCCCUUCAUAACUGGUCUACAAUCCAUUUUAUCCGACUUCCAUAAGGAAUUGGCUCGGUGCAACAGCGAGAUAUCAAACUGCAAACCACAGUUGUUGGCGACUGACAUGUUUGGUUCUGAACCAGCGGAAUGGAUGAAUAUUCUUGGAGAUGAGGGGGUAACAAUCCGGGAUUUUAUUGCAACGCAAGUUUUGGCCAGUUGGAAGGCUUCUGUACAAUCGCUGAUGACAGCGACGAAAAGUAGAAUAGAUAACUAAAAUAGAGACCAUAGGUAGAGAUUUUGGCUGCCGGAACGAUUCUGAUGAGCUUUGGGGGAGGUUUGACGAAAAUGGGAUACAACAAGACAUGUAUUGGGCAAAAGCAGUCCAAAAGGUGCUAGCAGCUUGUCUACAAGUCCUCCUCUAGGCGUUUUUAUGUGAUGACC